AUGGAAACGCCGGAAAGUAAAAAACUCAACUUCGAAGCCCUAUCGAAAGAGGAGCUGAUAAAAAAGUGCAAAUCCCUAAUAACUUUGGCCCAAAAAGCGAAAACUGCCAAAGAAAAUCUACAGCAGGAGAACACCCAAUUGAAAAAGCAGUCAAACACCGCCAACAAUGAGAUUUUGGAAAAACUUACUGAAGAAAAAUUGGAUUUGGUCACUCAAAUUGACUCGUUAAAGUCCAAAAAUAAAAACCACCAAGAAAAAAUUAAUCAACUUGAAACCGAAAAUACUUCAUUCAUAAGGCAAGUAAAAAGACUCACAGACGAAAACGAGCAGCUUAUUUCCGACCUUUCUACACUCGAAGCCCAAAUCACAGAACUUCACAAUCUUGGCCUGCAGCAAAAAAGCCAGUUGUUGGAGUUGGAAAAAUCACAUUCGGAUUUACAACUUAGAUUAUCAGGUAGCUUGAAUGAAGUUGAAAAAGUUAAUAAUGAAUUAAAACUUAAGGAUAAAGAGAUAUUGGAGUUAUCACAAGAAUUACAAGCUUUAAAGAUAGUUAAGAAAAGCAAUAUUAAUAAUAUUUGUGAUAGUAGCAAAGAAAUUGAUGAUUUAAAAAUUGUUAAUGAUAGACUUAAAGAUAAGGUUUUGUUGUAUCAUUCUAAGCUAAAAAAAUUUGCUUUAGUUAUUAGGGAAAUUAAAAAUGAAAGAAAUGACGUUAUUAAGUUGUUUAAAGAUUGUAAUUUGCAAAUGAAGGAGCAAUUGCUUAAAGCUAGCAAGGAUUUGCUUCAAUUGGCUGAUAAGCUUAAAGAGAAAAAUCUGGCUGAUGAAGAGAAGAAAUAUGCACAACAACAGAAAGAAUUGGAAUCGUUGAAUGAAGAAAUUAGAAUGAAGCAAGAAUUAAUUGAAGAGCUUCAAGAAGCUAUAAGGAUUAAUGAAGAGAAGCUUAAUGAAGCUUAUCAGAAAAUGGCAGCAAAUAAUAAUCAAGAAAAUGACUUGAAAAUGAUUAAAGAACAACAAAAUGAGGAGUUGAAACUAGUGAAUGAAAAACAUGAUGUAGAAAUUCACGAGCUGAAAGAUGAAUUUGAAAAGUCUAUGGCUGAAAUUGUCAGAAAACAACAAGAAGAUGAACUACAGACUAAAGAAGAACUUGCCAGAAAAGAAAAUGAGAAUGAGGAACUUAGAAGCAAAAUAACCAAGCUGGAAGAAGAACUAUUUCAGUCUGAAGAAAUAUUAAAAAAUAAUGUUGAAAAACUUCAAGAAAGUUUUGAGAAAAAACUCAAUGGAGCUCAACAAGAACUUGAAAUGUACAAAAAAGAAGCAGAAGAUGGAAGAAAACAACAAGAAAAUGAGGAUUUUGAAGCCAAAAUUACUGAACUCUCAGAAGAACUAAAAUCGAAACAAGAACUGCUAAAAAUUACUGAAAAUAACUUUAAAAUACUCCAAGAAACUUCUGAUAAAAACUUGAAAGAGGCUACAGAAGAACUUGAAAAGUAUAAAGAAGAUAAUGCCAGAAAAGACAGUGAAAAUAAGGAACUUAGAGCCGAAAUUACCAAGCUAAAACUUUUUGAAGAAACCUUGAAAAACACUGAAAACAAUUUGAAAAAGCUCCAAGAAAAUUGUAAAGAAAAAAUCAAUGAACUUGAAACAUACAAAAAAGAAGCUGAAGAUGCAAGAAAACAACAAGAAGAAAGUGAAAAUGAAUUCAAAGCCAAAAUUCAUGAAAUUGCUGAAUUAAAUGGAGAAGUCGGAUGGCUGAAUGAAGAAAUAAAACUGAAACAAAAACUCCUUGACGAAGCAUUAGAAAAUGCGAAAAUACUAAAAGAAACAUAUGAAGAGAAACUCAAUAAUGCUGAAACAAUGAGAAAACAACUUGAAACAAGCGAGAAUGAAAAUACAAAACUUAAAAAAGCCUUGAAAGAGUAUGAAGUAAAACUAGAAAAAGCCCAAAAGUCUUCAGAAGAAACCAACAAACUGAACGAAGCAUCCAAACAAUCUGAGCAAAAACUAACAGAAAAAUCCAGCGAAGAAAUCAUCAGACUAGUCCAAACAAAUAACGACUUACAAGAAAAAUACUCCAAACUUCAAGAAAACAUCAAUAAAAAGUCCGAAAACAAUUCUACGCAAACAGACGAAAUAGAAGAUACACAAGAAGACAAUGGAAUUGACUUGAAACGUGAAAACUCUGAAAUGCUCCUAGAAAUGAACCAAAUGAAUCAAGCCCUCAAAGAAAGAGGCGAAACAAUAUCAAAACUAGAAGCACACUGUGAAGAAAUCAAGAAAAAACUUCAACUUUACGAAACACAAGCAAAUAAAAAUGUCGAUUGUAUAAGUGAAAAAGACAAAACAAUAAAAGCCUUGUCUACAGAGCUUGAUUCAUUACGCAAUCCAGAAAUAGCCGAAUUGAAAGCUGAAAUAGAACAACUAAAAGAAAAACUAAACUACAAUGACAAUUAUGCUGAAAGUGAAGCAAUGUCAACAUCAACAAUAUCGAAAACUGAAGAAGCAAAUCGGCUAAAAGAUUUAGAAGGCUCUUGGGAGGAAAGAUAUGGAAAAUUGAGAACCCUUGCAGUAAAACUUAAAGCAAAAAUAAAAGAACAAGUAAAUAGUAUAAAUGAACUUGAAAAAGAACGCGAAGAAUUGUUUAAAAAACAUCAAACAUCUACUAAAACCAUACAAAGCCUUCAAGCUCAACUAGACAAUUUACAAGACGAUUUAGAUAAAACAAGUAAAGAUAAUAAACAAUACAUAACAAAACUAAACUCAGUAGCUGAAAGUAUAUCAAAAGACAAACAACUAUUAGUAGGAAACGAAGAAACAAUUUCAAAACUAAAUAAGGAAAUUGACAAAUUAAACAAAGAAAAACAAUCUACAGAAACUUGGAAAAAACAAGUAGGAGCCAAAGUGCAAACCUUAAGAAAAGAACUAGAAGCUAAAAACCUACUAAUAAAAGACUUUGAAAGUCAAAUAACCAAACUAGAAACCGAAAUUUCCAACAAAGACACUCAACUAAAACAAGAACAAGAAAACCACAAACAAACUAAAACCCUAUUAGAACAAACAAAUGGAGAAAUAAAAAAGAAUUCAGUAUUAAAUCUAGAAAUGCAAGACUACGAAAAAAGCGUAAAAGAAUUAUCGCAAAAAAUUGAAAAACAAAAAACCGAAAUCACCAGCUUACAAACCCAAGUAGACAUGCAAAAAAAUACAGUCAAUGCUUUGCGAGAGCAAAACAAAACUUUAGAAGACCGCCUAGAAGAAGUACAAAAAAGCGAUAGCAGUAGCAACAUGGAAGUAACCACUUGCAAAAAAACCAUCAAAAACCUAGAAGAAGUUCUACAACAAAAAGAAGACAAAUUAAUAAGCACCAACAAACUCUUAGAAACAGCCAGAUCUGAAAACGAAGAACUCUCCACAGAGUUGAGCAAAGUGAUAGCAGAACACCAAAAAUCUUUGAACACAAUCAAAAACGAAAGAGAUCAAUUAAGAAACCAAUUAUUAAGCGUACAGCAAAAUCUGAGAGACACACAAAACACUUUGAAACUGAGAGAAGAUGAAUUAAAGGGAAUCAAGGAAGAAUAUGAAACUUACAAAGUAAGAGCUCAAAGUGUUUUGAAGAAAAAUCAAGGCAGGGAUCUUGGGUUGGAAGAGAAAUUGUCCGAAGAAGUUUCUACAAUGAGGACGCAAAAUGAUAAAUUGAAUGAAGAAUUAAAGGAGAUCAGAGACAAACUUCAACAAGGUGAAAUUGCAAAAGAAAACUUGAUAAAAGAAAGAGAUAAUCUGCACAAAAAGUCAAAAGAUUUGGAAAAUGAAGUUGAAGAAUUAAAGAGUUAUGGAGAGCAGCUUGGAUUGAAGCAUCAAAAAGCGCUCAGUGAACAUGCUGAGACUAUCAGAAAUUUGAAGAUUCAUGCUGAAACUUUGGCUCAAUGCUACCGCCAACAACUAACAGAACAAGAAACGAGACACAACCGAGAAAUAAUCGAACUACAAAGUCAAAUAGAAAAAGCCCCAUCUCCAAUAGAACAUACAAUUCAUCCGAACAUGCCCAGAGAAGAAGGUGAAGGCUCUGAAAGCGUUGAAAGUAAUCCACCGCCCAAUGUGCAUCCAAUACCUUUAGAGCGAUUACUAGAUUCCAAGUCUGAUGACGAAGUUCAUCACCUGAAAAAACAAAUCUCGGAGCAGGAAUCGAAAUUGGUGCACUUAACGGCGCUACUUUCGGACACUGAACAGGACCUGGCCAAGCAUGUUCAGAUGAACAAGGUGCUUAAAGAGGAAAUUAGACGGCAGCAAAGGUCGGUGGAGAGGGAACAGCACGCUGAGAAUUUGGAGUAUUUGAAGAAUGUUGUUUUCAAGUUUGUCACAUUGAGCGCCGGAGACGAACGAACCCGCCUGGUACCUGUUCUAAACACCAUUUUGAAAUUGAGCCCCGACGAAACUCAAAAACUACAAAUGGUCGCCAAAGGCGACCCAGGAAUAAAAGCCUGGGCAAGCUAUUUGCCCAACUGGACGUCGUCGCCCAACAAACCCCAAUAA